AUGAACAAUCUCACUGUCUUCUCCAAGUUCAUCCUCCUCGGGCUGUCUGCCGACCCCCAUGUUCAGGCUCUGCUCUUCAUGCUCUUCCUGGUGAUUUACCUCCUGACCUUGAUGGGGAACCUGAUGAUGAUCCUGGUGAUCAGAACUGAUCCUCACCUCCACACUCCUAUGUACUUCUUCCUCGGACAUCUUUCCUUCCUAGACAUCUGCUUUUCUUCAGUCACCAUUCCCAAAAUGCUACAAAACUUCUCAUCUCAGAAGAAAAGCAUCUCGGUGUGGGGCUGCAUCACCCAGAGCUUCUUUUUCAUUCUUACUGCAAGCACUGAGAGCUGCUUGAUCUCUGCCAUGGCCUAUGACCGCUAUGCUGCCAUCUGCCACCCUCUGCUGUACACUGUGAUCAUGAACAGCCCUCUCUGCAUUGCAAUGGUCAGCACUGCAUGGGUGAUAGGGUUUCUGAACUCACUAGUGAAUAAUCUUUUCAUCCACAAGUUACAUUUUUGUGGCUCCAAUAUCAUCUCCCACUUCAGCUGUGAGCUGCCUUCACUGCUCCCACUCUCCUGCACUGAUCCCACUGCCAACGAGUUGCUUCUGUCUGGGUCAGGUGUAUUUAUGGGGCUGCUGACACUUCCCCUGAUCCUCUUCUCUUACUCCAGAAUCAUCUCUGCCAUCCUGAGCAUUCACUCCUCUGCAGGCCAAGGCAAAGCCUUCUCCACCUGUUCCUCACACCUCACCGUGGUGCUCUUGUUCUAUGGGACAGGUCUAUUCAGGUACAUCAGCCCUCCCUCGGGUUCACUGUUGGAGCAAGUGGUCUCCAUUCAGUACAGUGUGCUCACCUCUUUGCUGAACCCCUUCAUCUACAGCCUCAAGAACCAGGAGGUGAAAGCAGCUCUACAGAGGAUGAUGAAGAAGUAA